AGGCGGCCCCCCAGGAGCCCCACCAUGGACCUGCUGGAUGCGGCCAUGCAGGGCCUCGCCUUGUUCGGCUUCAUUCUGUUCGCCGUGCUGUGGCUCAUGCACUUCAUGUCAAUAAUCUACGUGCGCCUCCACCUGCACAGCAAGAGGUCGGAGGUCAAACAGCCAUUCUCCCAGGUGACCGGAGUGUCUCUGCUGAAGCCUCUGAAGGGGGUCGACCCGAACCUGAUCUCCAACCUGGAGACCUUCUUCACUCUGGACUACCCCAAGUUCGAGGUCCUGCUCUGCGUUCAGGAUCUGGAUGAUCCAGCCGUGGACGUCUGUAAGAAACUUUUGGGUAAAUAUCCGAACGUGGACGCCCGCCUGUUCAUCGGGGGGAAGAAGGUUGGAAUCAACCCUAAGAUCAACAACUUGAUGCCAGGGUACGAAGGAGCCAAAUAUGGGCUGGUGUGGAUCUGUGACAGCGGCAUCAAAGUGAAACCCGACACCCUGACCGAUCUGACCAAUCAGAUGACAGAGAAGGUGGGACUUGUCCACGGGCUGCCGUAUGUCGCUGACCGCCAGGGCUUUGCCGCUACGCUGGAACAGGUGUACUUCGGGACGUCCCACCCCCGCUCCUACAUCUCUGCUAACGUGACGGGGAUCAAGUGCGUGACAGGAAUGUCAUGUUUGAUGAGAAAGGACGUGUUAGAUCAGGCGGGCGGGUUGGUGACGUUUGCUCAGUACAUCGCUGAGGAUUACUUCAUGGCCAAAGCCAUCGCCGACAGAGGCUGGAAGUUCUCCAUGUCGACACAGGUGGCUCUGCAGAACUCAGGCUCGUACUCAAUUGGUCAGUUCCAGUCCAGGAUGAUCAGGUGGACGAAGCUGCGGAUCAACAUGGUUCCGGCCACGGUCCUGGAGCCAGUCUCUGAGUGUUUCCUUGCCAGCCUCAUCAUCGGCUGGGCCGCUCAUCACGUCUUCAGGUGGGACAUGAUGGUCUUCUUCAUGUGUCACUGUCUGGCAUGGUUCAUCGCAGACUACAUCCAGCUCACUGGAGUCCAGGGUGGUCCUCUGACCUUCUCCAAGUUGGACUUUGCCGUGGCCUGGUUCAUCCGGGAGUCCAUGGCAGUCCAGAUCUUCCUGUCUGCUCUGUGGGACCCGACCAUCAGCUGGAGAACCAGCCGAUACCGGCUGCGCUGCGGCGGUACCGCCGAGGAGAUCCUGGACGUGUAGUUACCAUGGCGAUGCCCUGCUCAUCAUCAUUGUCACAGAGGGAAGGAGCAGACAGACUGAUGCUUGUUUUAUAUGAGAGGAACCUCUGUGUGUGUGUGUGUGUGUGUGUGUGUGUGUGUGUAUGUGUGUGUGUGUUUUUAACUAUUUAUGUUUCUGUUGGUGCUAAAAACAAACGGCAGAGCGAGCCAAUCGGAGCACAGGAAUGAAGAACAAAAAGAAAAUUAGGGGAAGCAUCGCACUGAAUCACUGAUCAAAAAACAGCCAAUCAGGAAGGAGCAGCCACAACUCUGACUCCUGGUCGGCUCGUUUAAAACAAAAAAAACUAAAGCAGAAUCCAGAACAGAAGAUCAGAACAGCUCUUUACUAUUGUGACAUUUACAGGAAAUGUGACAAAAGGUGAUUUGAUGUUUCUUGUUCCUGAACAACCCAAAACUGCUCUGAUUGGCUGAUCGAUUAGGAGACUACUCUGAUUGGCUGAUUGAGUUCCUCACAAACCAAUGAGCUGCUGGUGGACCAGUAAGAAAACCACCUAGAACCGGCUGACCCAACUAGAAGUGACAGGACAGGAAGUCAAUAGGAUUUCAAAAUAAAAGUUUAGAUAUCUGCAGCUGUUUGUAAAAAAAAAGUUUAAGUUUAUUGGAGACUGGUUCUGUUGGACUCAGAGUUGUUCAGGUUGGCCAUGCAGAGAAAUCCAUCUUUAAGGUUCUCUGCGGACAGGCCUGCAGGCGUUUGGUUCAGUCCAGCUUUAACAAACAACCGUACGGUUAAUCCUUAAAACGGGAACAAAAUGCACUUUGAAAAAAAGAAAAUUCUGUUUUCAGGAUAAAAACACAUCUGAAAUUCAGAAAGUUUCUCAAAAUUUUAGAAAAAUAAAAAUCAGAGAUGUGUUGUUGUAAACAAACUAACAAAUAAAUAAACCCCAGUAUUCUGAUUAAAAAACAAAAAAAGGUCGAAACAUUUCAACAUUUAAUAAAAGGACCAAAAAGAACCAAACACAUUUCUCUGAAGCUCGUGUGUGUGAGUGCACGUGUGUGCGCGUUGUCAGGGGUUUGUGUGAUGACAUCAUCAGCUGUCGGAUGAACCUACGUCUGAACUUUUAUUUGUAAAUAAUUUUUUUUAAGUACAGUAUCUGCUGUCUGAACCGACCAAUCACAACUGAGACUGUGCAUUCACACUGGAACAAUAAAGCUUUGUCCAUACAAAGCGUCCCCUGGAAGUCCUGGACUCCAGGACAGGUUGUGGGCGGAGCUUGGACUGAUGGAGCGGAGUCAUUGGUCAUAAGAAUUAUUUAUUCAGUGAUUCAUGCUACAACAUCCUGUCACACCUUUCAGAAUAAAUAAAGAUUCAAAAACUUAUCCAUCAUGCAUUGCUGCUGAUUUCCAACAGUUCAGGGAGUGACAACAUCCCGCUGAC